AUGUUUAUGGGUGGGUGUUGGGGUAUUUGGGGUGGGGUGGUUGGGGUGGGUGUGGGGGUUUGUGUUGUGGUGGGUGUUUGGGGGAUGGGUGGUUUGUGUUUGGUUUGUGUGGGUUGUUGUUUUGUGGUGGGGGGUUUUUGUUUUGGGGUUUGUUGUGGGGGGGGUGGUGUGGUUUUGUUUGGUGUUGUUGAUUUGUUGGUGUUGGUGGGGUUUGUUGGGGGUUGUUGUUUUUGUGUGGGGUGGUGGGUGGGUGGUGGGGGGGGUGUUUUGUUUGUGAUGGGUUUGGGGUUGUGGGUGUUGUUUUGUGUGUUUUGUGGUUUUUGGGUUGUUUUUUUGUUGUUGGGUUGGUGGUGGUUUGGGUGGUUGGUGGGGGUUGUGUGUGGGUGGUUAUUUGAUUAUUUUGUGGUUUUUUAUGAGGUUGUUGUGGGUGGGUGUUGUUGUGUGGGGUUUGUUUGUGUUGGUGUUUUUUGUUGUGGGGAGGGGGUGUGGGGUUGUUUGUUUUUUGUGGUGAGGUUGUGGGGGUUGGUUGUUUUUGGUGUUUGGGGUUUUUGGGUAUGUGUGGGUGUUGGUUUUGGGGGGGGGUGUUUGUUGGUUGGUUUGUUGGUUGGGGUGUGGUUGUUUUGUGGGGUGUUUGUGGUGGGUUGUGGUUUUGGUUUUUGUGGGGGUGGGUGUGGGGGGUGGAGGUUGUGUGGUUGUUGGGGGUUUGGGGGUUUGGUUGUUUGGUGUGGGGGUUGGUUGUGGGGGGGUGGGUGUUUUGUUUUUGGGGGUUUUGGGGUGGUUUUUGUUUUUGUUUUGUAUGUUAUGGGUGUUGUGGUGGUGGUAGGUAGGGUGGGUUGUAUGUUGUUUUUGUUUUUUUGUGUUGUGUGUGUUUUGUUGGGGUGUGUUUGUUUUGUUUGGGGGGGUGUUUGGGGGUUAGGUUGGUUUGUUGGGUGUUUGGUGUUUGGGGGUGGGGGUGGGGGUAUGUUGGGUGUGGGGGUUGGGGGGGGGGGUGGUGGGGGGGUUGGGGGGGUGGGGUGGUGGGGGGGUGGGGGUUUGGGGGGUGGGUUUUUGGUGUUUUGUGGGAUGGGGGGGGUGGGUGGGGGGGUUGGGGGGGGGUGGUGUGUAUUGUGGUUUUGUUUGAGGGGUUUUGUUUUGUUGGUUUUUUGGUGUGUUUUGUUUUUUGUGGGUGGUGGUGUUGUGUUUGGGUGUUUGGUGGGGGGUUGUGGUUGGGGGUGUUGUGGUUGUUAUUUGUGUGUGUGGGUUUGGGGGGGGUGGGGUUGUUGUGUGGGGGUUUGGGUGGGGUUGUUGGUGUUAUUUGUGGUGUUUUGUUGGGUGAGGGUUUUUGUUUGUGGGGGGUGGGGGUUUGUGGGGGGGUUGGGGUUUGGGGGGGGGGGGUGGGGUUGGGGGGGGGUGGGGGUGGGGGGGUGUUGGGUUUGGGGGUGGGGUUGGAGUGUGGGUUGGGGGGGGGUGUGGGGUGGGUGGUUGGGUGGGUUGUGGGGGGGGUGGGGGGUGGGUGGGGGUUGGUGUGGGUGUGUGGGUUGGUUGUGGUUUGUUUGUGUGGGUUGGUGGGUUGGGGUUGUUGUGGGUGUUGUGGUGGUGUGGGUUGUUUUGUUAUUUUAUUGUGUUUUGUGUUUGUGUGUUUGUGGGUGUUUGGGGGUGGGGGGUGGUUGUGUGUUUGUGUGGUGGUGGUUUUUGGGGUUUGGUGGUUUGUUUGUGGGUUUUGUGUGGGUUUUGUUUGUUGUGUGGUUGUUUUUGGGGGUUGGGGUGUUUGGGGGGUUGGGGGGGUGGUGGGGGUGUUUAGUUUUUGGUGGGUUGUGGUGGUUUGGGUUGUGGGUUUGUGUGGGGUGGGGGGGGGGUGGGUGUGGUGUGGGGGUGGGGUUGUGGGUGGUGGGGUGGGUUGGGUUUUGUGGGAGUUUGUUGGUGUGUGGGGUGUGGGGGUGUUGGUAUUGUUGGGGGUUUGUUUGGGGUUGUGUGUUGUGUGUGGUGUUUGUGGGGGGUUUGUUUGGUGGUGUGUGGUGGGGGGGUGUUGUUGGGGGGGUGGUUGGGGGUGGGGUGGGGUGGGGGUGUGUUGGGGGGGGUUGGUUGUGUGUUGUUGGUUGGGUGUUGGGGUUUUGGUGGGGUGGUUUUGGUGGGUGUUGUGUGUUUUGUGGGGUGGUGUUUUUGGGGGGUUGUGGGGGUUUUGGGGUUGUGGUUGUGGGGUGUGUGGGGGUGUUUGUGGUUUGGGGGGGGUUGGGGGUGGGUGGUUGGGAGGUUUUUUGUGGGUUUGGUGUUUGUGGGGGGUUGGGUUGGUGGGUGUGUUGGGUGGGUGGGUUUGUGGGGUGUGUUUGUGGGUUUUGUUUGGUUGUUGGGGUUGUGUGGGGGUUGUUUGUUGUGUGGUUGGGGGUUGAGUUUGUUUGGUGUUUUGUGUUGUUUUGGUGGUUUGGGGGUUUGUGGUUUGGGGUUGUAUUAGGAGGUGUUUUGGUGGUGUGGUUUUGGUUGUGGUUGUGUUGGGGUUUUUGGGUGUAUUUGGGAAGUUUUUGGGUGUUGUUGGUGAUGGUGGUUUGGUUGGGGUUUUUGGUGGGGUUGGUUGUUGAGUGUUGUUGUGUGUUUUUUGGGUUGUGGUGUUGUGUUAGGGGGUUUUGUUGGUGUGUUUUUGUGGGUUUGGUUGUGGUGGGACCUCAAGUGGGAGCCGACCAUCAGCUCCUCAUCAAGAAGGCCCAGCAGAGGAUGUACUUCCUGCGGCAGCUCAGGAAAGCCAAGCUGCAGUUCUACACGGCCAUCAUCGAGUCCAUCCUCACCUCCUCCAUCACCUCCUCAUCACCUCCUCCAGCACCUCCUCCAUCACCUCCUCCAUCACCUCCUCAUCACCUCCUCCAUCACCUCCUCCAUCACCUCCUCCAUCACCUCCUCCACCACCUCCUCAUCACCUCCUCCAUCACCUCCUCCAUCACCUCCUCCACCACCUCCUCAUCACCUCCUCCAUCACCUCCUCCAUCACCUCCUCCACCGGGCCCUGAGCUCUGGACUUUUGCUUCUGACUUUCUGCACAAAGUCUGCACGAAGCGACGAGAAGACAGGACAGGUAUGUGUGACUGGCACAAGCUGUUGUUGCAGAUUAGAACGACUGCAGAUCGUUGCCAAAAGUCUAUAAAAUCCCCGAAAAGCAAAAACAAAGACGUCUCUGGUCACGGGUCGAGGCUGUUCGAUGAUACAGCUCAGUUGGAGAAGCGUCGGAUAGAAGCCGUCAGUGUGCAGAGGGGACGAGGAGGCGUUUGGUUCAGCGCUGGAUAA